AUGCGGUCACUCGCCAAAUCUGUGGCCAGGGAGUUGGAACAGCGGCCCGGUGAUCCCAUCACCGUAUCGGCCCGCACGUACGGAUACGAUACGGAGCAUACGGUCCACUGUCGGAGCUCCACGGUACGGACAUUUCGUCCGUACCAAUGUGGCAGGGCCGUCAUUAUCGGCCGCCUACGAAUAUCACUAUGCCACGUCAUUUAUCCGUCCUGGCCAGCUGGAGUAUAUGGGCUGUGGCAUCCUGCCUUCCCUGUAGCUCUGUGGGUCCGUGUGAAGUCCACUUAUCAUAGCGUAGCUGAUCUUGAUGCUGAUCCUGUCCUCCUCGAUACGCCAGCUACACACUCACGCUACUCCGUUUUCCGCUUAUUAGACGCCGCAUGGUCGACCUUCACUGAAACGCUCAGCAGCACAAGCCUCCGCGCACUACACCCUAUCGCCCGAAGGAAUAUUGAAGGGCUUCUCGCGAACAUCACCGUCGGAAAGCUCACCGUUGCCACGGCCAGUGAGUCCGGCUCAAACGCGGAUGACCAUGUGGUGGACUUUGGCCAGACGGAUGCCGAGCCACUGCUGCACGCAACGCUGCGCGUACGCUCGCCGUCGUUCUGGAUGCGCGUUGCGCUCUUCACGGACCUCGGGCUGGCGGAGGCGUUUAUGUUCGGUGACGUCGACUGCGACAAUAUCUCCGCGCUGAUUCAGAUCCUGAUUGCCAACCGCGAGGUGCUCACAGGCGUCGAUACGCUGUUAGCGUCGGUGUUGGCGAGGGGCCGGGCUUUGACGAGCAACAAGUUUAUCGGCAGCCUGGCUAAUUCGAGGGCAAAUAUCUCAGCACACUAUGACCUUGGGAACACCAUGUUCUCGAGCUUUCUCAGCGCGGAUAUGAACUACUCGUCGGCGAUAUUCAAAGACUUCGACGAGGAUUUGGAUAACAAUGUCAGUGCAGACGAUAGGGAGUCGUUGGAGGAGGCUCAAAUGCGAAAAGUUCGGUUGGUUCUCAAGAAGGCGAACAUCUUACCGGGACAACGAGUACUCGAAAUUGGUACGGGUUGGGGUUCCCUUGCCAUCAUGGCUGCCAAAUCGUUCCACUGCACCAUUGACUCCUUGACCCUCUCAUCUAACCAAGCCGCUUUAGCGCGUACUCGAAUUGCGGAGGCAGGCCUCUCCGACGCGAUCACGGUACAUUGCAUGGACUUCCGUCAAUGCAAGGACAAGCCCGAGUGGAAAGGGGCCUUUGACAGAUUUAUUAGCGUGGAGAUGAUCGAGCACGUCGGGAAGGACUUCUUUGAAGAGUAUUGGGCCGUCGCGGACUGGGUGUUGAAGGAGCGGACGGGCACCGGGGUCGUUCAGGGAAUUACGAUUCCCGAAGCUCGCGUCGCAGGGUACGAGACGGGUGUCGAUUUCAUACAGAAAUGGAGUGAGCAUUCUGUUGUCUUCCCCGGGGGCUACCUGCCUUCUAUUUCCUUCUGGAUUCAAACUCUGAACGCGGGCUCCUCUGGUAAACUUGUCGUCGAUUCGGUGCAUAACAUUGGCCCGCACUAUGCACGCACCCUGCGCGAGUGGAAACGAAGAUUCCUGGCGAACUGGGAGGGUACCGUUCGACAGGCCCUCGUCAAGCAGUACGCGCUGGACGACGCGGCAUUAGAGCUAUUUAGGCGAAAGUGGAUAUAUUAUUUGUACGACUCAACCACUCUCUGCUGA